UUAAUAUGCAGAGGUUUAACAUAGGUGAACACAAAUCCGCCCUUUAAAACGAAGCAACAACCGAAAACCCUAAUACUCACAGCACCCGUCUCUUUACCGCCGCGCCGUUUACCUGUUCUCCUGAUCUUCUCUGCAACUACACCACUCGGCAGCCAUGGGAAAGGUGCACGGUUCUUUGGCUCGUGCCGGUAAGGUGAGAGGCCAAACACCCAAAGUGGCCAAGCAGGACAAGAAGAAGAAGCCCCGCGGCCGCGCCCACAAGCGCUUGCAAUACAACCGCCGAUUCGUGACCGCCGUGGUUGGCUUCGGAAAGAAGAGGGGACCAAACUCGUCGGAGAAGUAGGGCAAAGAUUCAAGCUUUGAAAGGAUGACAAGUGCUUCGUAGAUUAUGAAAAAUUAAAGGCUUUGUUUUUGUUUAAUUGUCGCGCAUUGUUCUUAAGACCUUAGUGUUGGUUUGUUACUUCAUACAAAGAUAUUUUGCAAGUGUUGGAUUAUGUUGGUAUUUUUUUAAUCUAAUUUGAAUUAGCAGCAAUGCGAUUUUGUUUC